CGGGGGUCUCUUAAAGGGGCCGCAGCGUAGCAGCCCCGGGCGGGCAGAGGCGGCAGCGGGGCGCCCGUCGCCGUGUGCCCGAACCCCGCCGCGGUGCCGGAGGCUCGAGGCCGCGGGAGGCUGAAGGAAAGGACAGGCCACCAGAGCUGAGCAGGGCACAGGGCACGUGCCCCCUGCACCCCCAUCAUGGCCAUGGGCACCCAGCUGUGGUUGCUGCUAUGGAAGAACUUCACCUACCGCCGGCGGCAGCGGAUCCAGCUGGCCAUCGAGCUCCUGUGGCCCCUCUUCCUCUUCUUCAUCUUGAUCUCAGUGCGGCAGUCUCACCCACCCUUCAAGCAGCACGAAUGUCACUUCCCCAACAAGGCCCUGCCCUCAGCCGGGACCCUGCCCUGGCUCCAGGGCAUCAUCUGCAACAUGAACAACCCCUGCUUUCGGCACCCAACGGCAGGAGAGACCCCCGGCGUGGUGGGCAACUUCGACGGCUCUAUCCUCUCCCGCCUGCUGACCGAAGCCCGGCGGGUCCUGCUCCGCACCGACGGGCGGCGGCUCCUGCGCGACUUCGCUCAGCUGCUGCCAGCCCUGCGCCGGCUCUGGGACAGCGGGGCGAGGGCGCUGCCGGUCCGGGACUACCUGAGACACAACGAGACCUUCUCGCGGUUCCUCCGGACCAACACAUCUCUGCCGCCGGCACUGGCGGACGAGCUGAUGGGAGCUCGGCUCAGCCCCCGUGUCCUCUCCCUGGUUGGCACCCGUCUGCCGCUGAAAGCCGUGGUCUGCAAUGCCUCCGAGCUUGGGGGCUUCCUGAAUGGGAGCGAUGCCACCUCCACCCAGCGACUGCAGAGAGGGCUCUGUGCCCUGCCCGACCCCCAGCUCCGUGCCAUGGAGGGCUCCUUCCUCUCCCAGCUUGACUUCCCCCGGCUGCUGGCGGAGCAGCUGAGCUCACGGUCGGGCAACAUCGCUGGCACUGUGGAAGCCCUGGGCACCUUCCUGCGGGGUGCAGCAUCCCUGAUGGAGGAGGUCUCCUCCAUGAGCAGCCUCGCUGAGCUGCAGCAGGAGCUCAGGGCCCUGACAGCCCCCAAUGCCAGCACCAUCGGCUUGGGCACCUUUGGGACCCUGUCACGCAUCGCCUGUGGCCACCCUGAGGGUGGGGGGCUCCGGGUCCCCUCCCUCAACUGGUACGAGGACAAUGACAAUGUCAAAGCCUUCCUGAACCGCAACAGCUCGGAGGAGCAGAGAGCCACAGCCCCGGGCAGUGCCAGCAGUCCCUUCUGCCGAGAGCUGCUCCACAGCCUGAAGUCCAACCCGCUGUCACAGAUCUUCUGGCGAGGGAUCAAACCCCUCCUGACGGGGAAGAUCCUGUACGCGCCGUCCGGCCCCGGCCCCGACAGCAUCAUGGCCGAGGUGAAUCGGACCUUCCGGGAGCUGGCGGUGCUGGGGGAGGUGGGAGGUGCCUGGCAGGAGCUGGGACCCCACAUCUACAGCUUCUUCAACAGCAGCGUGGAGAUGCAGGUCCUCAGGGAGCUGCUGCUGGCCCCGGGGAUGGAUCAGCUCCUGGGUGGGUUCCUCAAUGGCACCUCCUGGAAGCUGCCGGCGCUGGCUGCGUUCCUGGGGGUGCCAGAGGCAGGGCCUGGGCUCACCUGGCACCAGGUCUAUGCCGAUGCUGACCUGGUCCUGAGCACCUUGUCACAAUUCAUGGAGUGUAUCUCCCUGGACAAGAUCGAGGCGGUGGCCACCGAGGAGCAGCUGGUGGGCCGGGCUCUGGAGCUGCUGGAGAAGCAGCAGUUCUGGGCAGCUGUGGUCUUCCAGCCUCCCAUCAACGCCACAGCCACGGCACUGCCCACCCACAUCCGCUACAAGAUCCGCAUGGACAUCGACGACGUCACCAGGACCAACAAGAUCAAGGACAGGUUUUGGGACCCAGGCCCUGCAGCCGACCCCUUCAGCGACCUGCGCUACGUCUGGGGGGGGUUUGUGUACGUGCAGGACCUGGUGGAGCAGGCGGUGGUGCGGCUGCAGACUGGGGCUGCCCCCCGGACCGGGGUCUACGUCCAGCAGAUGCCCUACCCCUGCUACGUGGAUGAUGUGUUCCUGCGGGUGCUGAACCGCUCGCUGCCCCUUUUCAUGACGCUGGCCUGGAUUUACUCGGUGGCCAUGAUCAUCAAGGGGGUGGUGCACGAGAAAGAGACGCGUCUCAAGGAGACCAUGAAGACCAUGGGGCUGAGCAGCGGGAUCCUCUGGCUCAGCUGGUUCCUCAGCAGCUUCAUCCCCUUCCUCCUCAGCUCUGCCCUCCUCGUCCUCAUCCUCAAGCUGGGAAACAUCCUGCCCUACAGCAACCCAGCCAUCAUCUUCCUCUUCCUUGGCACCUUCUCAGUGGCCACCAUCAGCCAGUGCUUCCUCAUCAGCACCUUCUUCUCCCGUGCCAACCUGGCCUCGGCUUGUGGUGGCAUCAUCUACUUUUCCCUCUACCUGCCCUACGUGCUGUGCAUCGCCUGGCGUGACCACAUCACCUUCCCAUUCCGUGUCGUCGUGAGUUUGCUGUCACCAGUGGCCUUUGGCUUCGGCUGUGAGUACUUCUCCCUCUACGAGGAGCAGGGGGUGGGCAUCCAGUGGUACAAUCUGGGUGCCAGCCCGGUGCCAGGAGACCCCUACAACUUUGCCACAGCCAUGGGGCUGCUGUUGUUGGAUGCUAGCCUCUAUGGCCUGGCUACCUGGUACCUGGAAGGUGUCUUCCCAGGUCAGUAUGGGAUCCCCAAGCCUUGGAAUUUCCCCUUCCUCAAGAGCUACUGGCUUGGAGAGCCGUCCUCAUCUGGGCACCCCCCCAUACCCCACGCUUGCUGCGUCCCAAGUUUUGGUGGAGGACCCACCUGCCCAUCACCAGCCCGGUGUCUCCAUCUGCGACCUGGUGAAGAUUACCGCAACAGCGGCCGCGUGGCCGUCAACAAGCUGACCCUGAACUUCUACGAGGGGCUGAUCACCCCCUUCCUGGGUCACAACGGGGCUGGCAAGACCACCACCAUGUCCAUCCUGACUGGCCUCCUGCCCCCCACCUCGGGCACUGCCUAUGUCCUGGACAUGGACAUCCGCUCUGAUAUCGACAGCAUCCGCAAGACCAUGGGCACGUGCCCUCAGCACAACGUGCUCUUCGACAUCCUGACAGUGGAGGAGCACAUCUGGUUCUACGGGCGGCUGAAGGGGCUGUCGGAGGAGAGGGUGAAGGAGCAGAUGGAGCAGCUGAUUCAGGACAUGGGGCUUGCCCACAAGCGCCAGGAGCAGACCAGGAACCUCUCUGGUGGGAUGCAGAGGAAGCUCUCGGUGGCCAUCGCCUUUGUGGGGGGUCCCCGGGUGGUCAUCCUGGAUGAACCCACAGCCGGUGUCGACCCCUACUCCCGCCACAGCAUCUGGGAGCUGCUGCUCAAGUACCGCAAAGGCCGCACCAUCAUCCUGUCCACACACUACAUGGACGAGGCGGAGCUGCUGGGGGACCGCAUCGCCAUCAUCUCCCAGGGGCAGCUCUGCUGCUAUGGGUCCCCCCUCUUCCUCAAAGCCAAGCGGGGCACCGGCUACCACCUCACCCUGGUGAAGCGGGAGAGGGUUGGGAUGGGCAGCAGCACCGGCACCGUCCCUGGCACCACCAAAAAGGAUGGCAGCGACUCGGAGCGCAGCAGUGACACGGGCCUGGGCAGCGAGCGGGGCAGCGAGGCCAGCGCCGUGGAUGUGGCCCAGCUGUCAGCACUCAUCCAGAAGCUGGUGCCCGGCUCCCAGCUGGUAGAGGACAUCGGGCACGAGCUGCUCUUCGUCCUGCCCUACAGCGGGGCCAAGGAUGGGGCCUUUGGGGACCUGUUCCGGGAGCUGGAUGCCCGCCUGGGGGAACUGGGCAUCUCCAGCUAUGGCAUCUCUGACACCACUCUGGAAGAGAUCUUUCUGAAGAUGACCCAAGAUGCUGAGGUGGACUCUGGCACAGCAGGCACCAGGAGAGAAGCAGCCCCUGGCAAGGGGGGAGAUGCUGAAGUGGCCAAUGGGGAGCUGGAGGAGCCCCAGGAGACAGACCUGCUGCGGGGGGCGUGCGGGGAGGUCUGCGGCAGGGUGCGGGGCUGGGCGCUCACCCGCCAGCAGCUCCGCGCCCUCUUCAUCAAGAGGAUGCUCCACGCCCGACGCAGCACCCGGGGCUUCUUCGCGCAGAUCGUCCUGCCCGCCGUGUUCGUCUGCAUCGCGCUGCUCUUCAGCCUCAUCGUGCCGCCUUUCGGGACGUACCCGCCGCUGCGGCUCCAGCCCUGGAUGUACGGGCACCAGCUCACCUUCUUCAGCAACGAUGCCCCGGGGGACCCCGACACGGCUCAGCUCCUGGCUGCUCUGCUGGCCGAGCCAGGCUUUGGCACCAAGUGCAUGAAGGAUGCUGGCGAGAUGACAGAGCCGUGCCCACCAGCUUCCCACCCCGAUGGCUUCUCACCCCCCCUGGUCUCCCCAGCCUUGCUGGAAGCCCUGCAAAGCAGGAACUGGACUCAGGCUGAGCCAUCCCCACCAUGCCAGUGCAGUGGGCCAGGGGCUCACAGGAUGCUGCCCAACUGCCCUGAGGGGGCUGGGGGGCUCCCACCACCCCAGGUGCAGAGGGGCACAGGUGACAUCCUGCAGAACCUGACGGGCCGGAACAUCUCUGACUACCUGGUGAAGACCUACCCCCAGAUCAUCCGUCAGGAGCUGAGGAACAAGAAGUGGGUGAAUGAGCAGAGGUAUGGUGGCUUUUCUCUGGGUGCUGGUGGCUCUCAGGCGCUGCCAUCAGCAGUGGAGGUGGAUGAGGCUGUGCUGGAGCUCCGGGCACUGUUCAAUGUCACCCCGGGCAGCCCCUCAGACCGGCUCCUGGGCAACCUCAGCCGCUUCAUCGAGGGCUUGGAUGCUCGCAAGAACAUCAAGGUGUGGUUCAACAACAAGGGCUGGCAUGCCAUGGUCUCCUUCCUCAACGUGGCCAGCAACGGGCUCCUGCGUGCCCGGCUGCCAGCCAGCACUGACCCCACGCUCUACGGCAUCACGGCCACCAACCACCCGCUCAACCUCACCAAGGAGCAGCUCUCAGAGGCCGCCCUGAUGGCCACCUCGGUGGAUGUGCUGGCCAAGACGAAGGGGCUGCAGAGUGGCGUGGACAUCGGUGUGAAGUACUCGGAGAAGCAACAGAGGAACUUUGAUGAGGCCAAGAUGGAAGCUGGGGCAGUAUGGGGCACGAACAAGUGUGCCAGCCAGUCUGGCAUGACAGCCUAUGGCACCAGGAGACACCUGUAUGACCCCAAGAACCAGAUCCUGCCUCCCAUGGACCACUCCACCAUCAGCCUCCAGAUGGGCACCAACAAGUGUGCCAGCCAGAUGGGCACCAACCAGGGUGCCAACCAGAGCGGUCAGGUCUUCGGCCUCGGCCGCCAGAUCUACGACCCCCAACCCCCGGAGCCCAAGGAUCGAGGUGAGGGGGGAAGUCUCAGCCCACCCCAGAGCGCGCUGCAAGCCGCGAUCCGCCGCUCGCAAGGGCGAGGGUUGUCCCCCGUCAUCCCCCUGUCCCCGUCACCCCCCUCCCGGUCUGUCCGUCUGUCCGUGACUCGCAGCGCGGGGCUCGCUGCGUGCGGCAGUCUCACCCCACCCUUCAAGCAGCACGAAUGUCACUUCCCCAACAAGGCCCUGCCCUCAGCCGGGACCCUGCCCUGGCUCCAGGGCAUCAUCUGCAACAUGAACAACCCUGCUUUCGGCACCCAACGGCAGGAGAGACCCCCGGCGUGGUGGGCAACUUCGACGGCUCUAUCGCUGCCGGUCCGGGACUACCUGAGACACAACGAGACCUUCUCGCGGUUCCUCCGGACCAACACAUCUCUGCCGCCGGCACUGGCGGACGAGCUGAUGGGAGCUCGGCUCAGCCCCCCGUGUCCCAUCGCUGAGCUGCAGCAGGAGCUCAGGGCCCUGACAGCCCCCAAUGCCAGCACCAUCGGCUUGGGCACCUUUGGGACCCUGUCACGCAUCGCCUGUGGCCACCCUGAGGGUGGGGGGCUCCGGGUCCCCCUCCCUCAACUGUACGAGGACAAUGACAAUGUCAAAGCCUUCCUGAAACCAUCUUCUGGCGAGGGAUCAAACCCCUCCCUGACGGGGAAGAUCCUGUACGCGCCGUCCGGCCCCGGCCCCGACAGCAUCAUGGCCGAGGUGAAUCGGACCUUCCGGGAGCUGGCGGUGCUGGGGGAGGUGGGAGGUGCCUGGCAGGAGCUGGGACCCCACAUCUACAGCUUCUUCAACCAGCAGCGUGGAGAUGCAGGUCCUCAGGUGUAUCUCCCUGGACAAGAUCGAGGCGGUGGCCACCGAGGAGCAGCUGGUGGGCCGGGCUCUGGAGCUGCUGGAGAAGCAGCAGUUCUGGGCAGCUGUGUCUUCCAGCCUCCCAUCAACGCCACAGCCACGGCACUGCCCACCCACAUCCGCUACAAGAUCCGCAUGGACAUCGACGACGUCACCAGGACCAACAAGAUCAAGGACAGGUUUUGGGACCCAGGCCCUGCAGCCGACCCUUCAGCGACCUGCCGCUACGUCUGGGGGGGGUUUGUGUACGUGCAGGACCUGGUGGAGCAGGCGGUGGUGCGGCUGCAGACUGGGGCUGCCCCCCCGGACCGGGGGUCUACGUCCAGCAGAUGCCCUACCCCUGCUACGUGGAUGAUGUUCCUGCGGGUGCUGAACCGCUCGCUGCCCCUUUUCAUGACGCUGGCCUGGAUUUACUCGGUGGCCAUGAUCAUCAAGGGGGUGGUGCACGAGAAAGAGACGCGUCUCAAGGAGACCAUGAAGACCAUGGGGCUGAGCAGCGGGAUCCCUCUGGCUCAGCUGCUGGGAAACAUCCUGCCCUACAGCACCCAGCCAUCAUCUUCCUCUUCCUUGGCACCUUCUCAGUGGCCACCAUCAGCCAGUGCCUUCCUCAUCAGCACCUUCUUCUCCCGUGCCAACCUGGCCUCGGCUUGUGGUGGCAUCAUCUACUUUUCCCUCUACCUGCCCUACGUGCUGUGCAUCGCCUGGCGUGACCACAUCACCUUCCCAUUCCGUGUCGUCGUGAGUUUGCUGUCACCAGUGGCCUUUGGCUUCGGCUGUGAGUACUUCUCCCUCUACGAGGAGCAGGGGGUGGGCAUCCAGUGGUACAAUCUGGCCAUGGGGCUGCUGUUGUUGGAUGCUAGCCUCUAUGGCCUGGCUACCUGGUACCUGGAAGGUGUCUUCCAGUUUUGGUGGGAGGACCACCUGCCCAUCACCAGCCCGGUGUCUCCAUCUGCGACCCUGGUGAAGAUUUACCGCAACAGCGGCCGCGUGGCCGUCAACAAGCUGACCCUGAACUUCUACGAGGGGCUGAUCACCCCCUUCCUGGGUCACAACGGGGCUGGUCCAUCCUGCCUGGCCUCCUGCCCCCCACCCUCGGGCACUGCCUAUGUCCUGGACAUGGACAUCCGCUCUGAUAUCGACAGCAUCCGCAAGACCAUGGGCACGUGCCCUCAGCACAACGUGCUCUUCGACAUCCUGACAGUGGAGGAGCACAUCUGGUUCUACGGGCGGCUGAAAGGGGCUGUCGGAGGAGAGGGUGAAGGAGCAGAUGGAGCAGCUGAUUCAGGACAUGGGGCUGCCCCACAAGCGCCAGGAGCAGACCAGGAACCUCUCUGCCCGGGUGUCGACCCCUACUCCCGCCACAGCAUCUGGGAGCUGCUGCUCAAGUACCGCAAAGGCCGCACCAUCAUCCUGUCCACACACUACAUGGACGAGGCGGAGCUGCUGGGGGACCGCAUCGCCAUCAUCUCCCAGGGGCAGCUCUGCUGCUAUGGGUCCCCCCUCUUCCUCAAAGCCAAGCGGGGGCACCGGCUACCACCUCACCCUGGUGAAGCGGGAGAGGGUUGGGAUGGGCAGCAGCACCGGCACCGUCCCUGGCAACCACCAAAAAGGAUGGCAGCGACUCGGAGCGUCAGCAGUGACACGGGCCUGGGCAGCGAGCGGGGCAGCGAGGCCAGCGCCGUGGGGGUGAGGGGUCCUGGAUGUGGGCCCCAGCUGUCAGCACUCAUCCAGAAGCUGGUGCCCGGCUCCCAGCUGGUAGAGGACAUCGGGCACGAGCUGCUCUUCGUCCUGCCCUACAGCGGGGCCAAGGAUGGGGCCUUUGGGGACCUGUUCCGGGAGCUGGAUGCCCGCCUGGGGGAACUGGGCAUCUCCAGCUAUGGCAUCUCUGACACCACUCUGGAAGAGAUCUUUCUGAAGAUGACCCAAGAUGCUGAGGUGGACUCUGGCACAGCAGGCACCAGGAGAGAAGCAGCCCCUGGCAAGGGGGGAGAUGCUGAAGUGGCCAAUGGGGAGCUGGAGGAGCCCCAGGAGACAGACCUGCUGCGGGGGGCGUGCGGGGAGGUCUGCGGCAGGGUGCGGGGCUGGGCGCUCACCCGCCAGCAGCUCCGCGCCCUCUUCAUCAAGAGGAUGCUCCACGCCCGACGCAGCACCCGGGGCUUCUUCGCGCAGAUCGUCCUGCCCGCCGUGUUCGUCUGCAUCGCGCUGCUCUUCAGCCUCAUCGUGCCGCCUUUCGGGACGUACCCGCCGCUGCGGCUCCAGCCCUGGAUGUACGGGCACCAGCUCACCUUCUUCAGCAACGAUGCCCCGGGGGACCCCGACACGGCUCAGCUCCUGGCUGCUCUGCUGGCCGAGCCAGGCUUUGGCACCAAGUGCAUGAAGGAUGCUGGCGAGAUGACAGAGCCGUGCCCACCAGCUUCCCACCCCGAUGGCUUCUCACCCCCCCUGGUCUCCCCAGCCUUGCUGGAAGCCCUGCAAAGCAGGAACUGGACUCAGGCUGAGCCAUCCCCACCAUGCCAGUGCAGUGGGCCAGGGGCUCACAGGAUGCUGCCCAACUGCCCUGAGGGGGCUGGGGGGCUCCCACCACCCCAGGUGCAGAGGGGCACAGGUGACAUCCUGCAGAACCUGACGGGCCGGAACAUCUCUGACUACCUGGUGAAGACCUACCCCCAGAUCAUCCGUCAGGAGCUGAGGAACAAGAAGUGGGUGAAUGAGCAGAGGUAUGGUGGCUUUUCUCUGGGUGCUGGUGGCUCUCAGGCGCUGCCAUCAGCAGUGGAGGUGGAUGAGGCUGUGCUGGAGCUCCGGGCACUGUUCAAUGUCACCCCGGGCAGCCCCUCAGACCGGCUCCUGGGCAACCUCAGCCGCUUCAUCGAGGGCUUGGAUGCUCGCAAGAACAUCAAGGUGUGGUUCAACAACAAGGGCUGGCAUGCCAUGGUCUCCUUCCUCAACGUGGCCAGCAACGGGCUCCUGCGUGCCCGGCUGCCAGCCAGCACUGACCCCACGCUCUACGGCAUCACGGCCACCAACCACCCGCUCAACCUCACCAAGGAGCAGCUCUCAGAGGCCGCCCUGAUGGCCACCUCGGUGGAUGUGCUGGUCUCCAUCUGUGUGAUCUUCGCCAUGUCCUUCGUCCCGGCCAGCUUCGUGCUCUUCCUCAUCGAGGAGAGGGUCAGCAAGGCCAAGCACCUGCAGUUUGUCAGUGGGAUGAAGCCCAUCACUUACUGGAUGGGCAACUUCGCCUGGGACAUGUGCAACUACCUCGUCCCUGCCCUGCUGGUCGUCCUCAUCUUCCUCUGCUUCCAGCAGAAGUCCUAUGUGUCCUCUGCCAACCUGCCCUCCCUGGUGCUGCUGCUGCUGCUCUACGGCUGGUCCACCACUCCCCUGAUGUACCCAGCCUCCUUCCUCUUCAGCAUCCCCAGCACUGCCUACGUGGCCCUGACGUGCAUCAACCUCUUCAUUGGCAUCAACGGCAGCGUGGCCACCUUUGUGCUGGAGCUCUUUGUAGACCAGAACCUCAACGACAUCAACCGCGUCCUGAAGAAAGUUUUCCUCAUCUUCCCCCACUUCUGCCUGGGCCGAGGCCUCAUUGACAUGGUGAAGAACCAGGCGAUGGCUGAUGCCUUCGAGAGGUUUGGGGACAAUCGCUUCGUGUCCCCCAUGUCCUGGGACCUGGCAGGGAAGAACAUGUUUGCCAUGGCCGUUGAGGGCAUCAUCUUCUUCCUCUUCACCCUCCUGCUGCAAUACCGCUUCUUCCUGAGGCUCGGACCACGGGCUCUGCAGUUGCCCUCGCUGGGGGAGGAGGACGAGGACGUGGCCAGGGAGAGGGUGACAGUGGGCAGCAGCGUCCCACAAAGCCACCUCCUGCUGCUGAAGGACCUGACCAAGGUAUAUCGGCACAGGAAGGCUCCGGCCGUGUCUCGGCUCUGCGUGGCCAUUCCCCCCGGGGAGUGCUUUGGCCUCCUGGGGGUGAAUGGGGCAGGGAAGACCACCACCUUCAAGAUGCUGACGGGGGACACGAAGGUGACGAUGGGGGAGGCCUGGCUGAAAGGGCACAGUGUGCUCACAGACCUUCAGGCCGUCCGCCAGCACAUGGGCUACUGCCCCCAGUUCGAUGCCAUCACAGACCUGCUGACUGGGAGGGAGCACCUGGAGUUUUACAGCCGCCUGCGUGGGGUCCCAGAGGAGGAGAUCCCCAGGGUUGCUCAGUGUGGCAUCGCCAAGCUGGGGCUGGAGCCACACGCAGACCGGCCAGCAGGCAGGUACAGCGGGGGCAACAAGCGCAAGCUCUCCACGGCCAUUGCCCUCCUUGGCUCCCCACCUGUCGUCUUCCUGGAUGAGCCCACAACAGGGAUGGACCCACGAGCCCGACGGUUCCUGUGGGAUUGUAUCCUCAACGUCAUCCGGGAGGGCAGAGCCGUGGUGCUCACGUCCCACAGCAUGGAGGAGUGUGAGGCACUGUGCACCAGGAUGGCCAUCAUGGUCAACGGCCGGUUCCGCUGCCUGGGCAGCGUCCAGCACCUCAAGAACAGGUUUGGGGACGGCUACACGGUGAUGGUGCGGGUGGGCAGCCCAGGGCCCGAGCUGGUGGAGAGCCUGAUGCAGCGUCACUUCCCUGGCAUCGUGCUGAAGGAGCGGCACGGGGGGCUGCUGCAGUACCAGCUGCCCUCCCGUGCCGCCUCCCUGGCCAGUGUCUUCAGCGUCCUGGCAGCCCACCGUGGCCCCUGCCACAUCGAGGACUAUUCCGUGUCCCAGACCACCCUCGACCAGGUCUUUGUGCACUUUGCCAGGGAGCAGAGUGAUGAGGAUGCCGAGGUGACCACAGCCCCAGGGCAGGAUUUGGCCGCAGCAGCACCCAGCCCUGGGAGGAAGCUGUCACUGUUCCUGGAGGAUGACAGCUACCAGGAGAGCGCUGUCUGAGCGGGGCCACAGUGCUGGGGCUGGCCCUGGCACCCCGACUGCUCUUGGCUAGAGCAGGGAGAGCAAUGAAAUAAAGACCCAUGGUACUGCC